AUGGUCAGUCCUCCAGCACUGCAGCUCCUUCUAGUUGGGCCCUCCACUCUGCUCUCAAGCCUCACGCUAAAGAAAAUUCCUAUUGAACAGACACGUCACUCUGACUUUGAGUUUGAAGAACAGGAACGUCGAGAGAUAGACUUCUACCACUCUGCUGCGGAGCUGGCAGAGUCCAGUCCAAACGGACAUUUGGACCUGUUUCUGCGCUUCCUCCUCGGUCUGUCUCUGCCGGUCAAUCCGAGCCUGUUAUUGGGUCUGCUAGAGGAGUUUGACCUCAGGAAAUAUGAUACAUCUGAGGAGGCUUUCCUUGGUCUGCUGCCUGUAUUGAGAGCCUCCCCCAAAGUCAUUCUGUCCAACUGUAGCUGCUAUGGACCUCUGGCCUUAGUCCUCAACUUCUCCUGUCUGACACAUCUGGACCUCAGUAACAACUUCCUCGGGGACUCGGAAGUGGAGCAGCUGUGUUCUGAACUGAAGAGCGCCUCCUGCAGACUGGAGGUCCUCAGUCUGUCCUGUUGUGAACUGUCCGCUCGCUGCUGUGGUGCUCUGGCCUCAGUCCUCAGCUCCUCCUGUCUGACACAUCUGGACGUCAGUAACAACGACUUCGAGGACUCAGGAGUGGAACAGUUGUGUUCUGGACUGAAGAGCGCCGCCUGCAGACUGGAGGUCCUCAGGCUGUCUGGAUGUCUGAUCUCUGAGAGGGGCGGGGCUGCUCUAGCCUCAGCUCUGAGCUCCGCCCACUCCCAUCUUAGAGAGUUAGACCUGAGCUACAACCAUCCAGGACCCUCAGCAGAGCUCCUGACCACUCUACGGGACCACUGUCCCCUGGACUCCCUCAGGCUGGAUCCUGCUGGAGAGUGCUGGAUGGUUCCAGGUCUCAAGAAACAUUUCUGUGAGGUCUCUCUGGAUCCAAACACUGCCAACAACACACUGGAGCUGUCUGUGGACAAAAGGACUGUGACCAGUGUGGACGAGCUCCAGCUGUAUCUCUCUCACCAGGACAGGUUCAGCUCCUGUGCCCAGGUCCUGAGCUCCACUGGUCUGACUGGGCGCUGUUACUGGGAGGUGGAGUGGAGAGGGAAUGUAGAUAUAGCAGUGAGUUAUAAAGGAAUCAGACGGAGAGGAGACGCGGAGGACUGUAGGUUUGGAGACAAUGAGCAAUCCUGGAGUCUGAGGUAG